GGGCGCUGCUGACGUUGGCGGCGGCGGCCCUCGGGGAGCGCGCGGACGCCUCGGUGCUGCCCCGGCCGAUCGGUCGGUCGCCCGCCAGAUCGAUCCGUCGAUCGAUCGGCGAAGAUGGUGGCCAAGCAGCGGAUCCGCAUGGCCAACGAGAAGCACAGCAAGAACAUCACGCAGCGCGGAAACGUCGCCAAGACCUCGAGAAACGCCCCCGAGGAGAAAGCCUCCGUGGGCCCCUGGCUGCUCGCCCUCUUCAUCUUCGUCGUCUGCGGCUCCGCUAUCUUCCAGAUUAUUCAGAGUAUCAGGAUGGGCAUGUGAAGUGGCCGACCUAAAGAUCUUUCUCAUUCUCCCGUGAAUUAUGACUUGAACUCAUUCCCGAUGUUCGGUAUCCUGGUUUAAAAACUCAAUCGGUAAAGCGUCCUGCCUCAGAAUGACUUUGCAUAUCAUCCCUCAUGUGUCAUUCCAGGUUUCUUCACGAGUCAUUCCAAGUUUUCUAGUCCAUACCACAGUGCCUUGAAAAGCACCCCAUGUAUAAAGCAAUAAAAUCUGAUUGUCGAUCUA